CUUCCGAUACGAUCAAUCUCCGACACCGACCUUCGGACCUUCUGUGAGCCCUAGAAUACCAGUCAAGAGAUCUGCCCCCACCCCUUUCGGUGGCAUGAAAUGGCAAAUGUAGCUUUAUCACUUACUUUGAUAACACGUACAACAACACGCACGCACGCACUUGGGGACAACACAUCAGAUUACUGUUUGCAGUAGAUGCAGGUCAUUGUGCGGCCAUCAUCGUUUGGUAUAGAGAUGAGAAACGUCGAUCGCGUCAAUGUGAAGGUACAGCAGGGUACGGUUAGUGGGGUGAAGGAGGAGCUUCCGGACGGUGGCGUGUUUCAUGCGUUCCGUGGCAUCCCGUACGCCAAACCGCCCAUCGGAGAGCUACGCUUUCGAGCACCGCAACCGUUGGAACGAUUCCCGUACCCGGUGUUGGACUGUAGUGUCGAGCGUGAUGUGUGCUUUAGCCGGAACAUGUUCACGCAGGAACUGGAAGGUUCCGAGGAUUGUCUGCAUCUGAACGUGUACACACCGGCUCCGGAGGCCACCCAGCAGAGUCCCGGGCCGCUUCCGGUCUUAGUGUUCAUUCAUGGUGGGGCGUUUCUUUUUGGUAGCGGUAAUUCCGACUGCUACUCACCGGAGUAUCUUCUGCAGGAAGGUGUGAUAGUAGUCACUUUGAAUUAUCGCCUUGGCGCGCUGGGCUUUUUGCAUCUACCGACCCAAGGAAUUGAGGGAAACGCAGGCCUCAAAGAUCAGUUAUUGGCACUACGCUGGGUAUCGGAAAACAUUGGCCGCUUCAAUGGUGACGCAAACAAUAUAACGUUGUUUGGUGAAAGCGCCGGUGGCGCCUCAGUUCAUCUGCAUCUCCUCUCUUCCGCGUCACAACCGUACUUCCAUAAAGCGAUCUGCCAGAGUGGUGUCUCCGUGAUGGAGUGGGUAAUGCAGCGUGAUUCCGUGGAACGAACACGCACCCUAGCGCGGCUGAUCGAUCCUGAGGCGAAAACGGAUGAACAGGUGUACCGCACCUUGAUGGCGGCCAGUCACGUUGAGCUGAUGGGUUUGAUGGUAAGUACAUUGUCGGCUGAUGAGAAGCGUCGCGGACUACCGAUGCCCUUCAAACCAGUGGUAGAGGAAACCGUCGGUCCGGAUACGAUCGUAGCGGUCCAUCCAAUCGUUGCCAUGCAGCAACCGAACCGAUUACCGGAAAUUCCAAUAAUAAUCGGAAAUAAUAAUGGCGAAGGCAUCAUAAUGAUGCUAGAUGCAUCGAAAAAGUUGGACCUUUACGAUAACGAUAUGGCUCGGAUGGUACCACGGUCGGUGAAUGUGGCACCGGAGAGUGCCGCCUGCGAGCAGCUGGGCAACGAAAUCAAACAGUUUUACUUCGGUACGAAAGGUGUGUGUGAGGCAACGGUCAAUCAGCUGGCGGACUUGAUGACGGAUUAUCAUUUCGGAAUACUGGCCAAUACGUGCGCGGAGCUGCACGCCCGCUAUCAGCACCGUUCCCCGAUGUAUUUUUACGACUUUUCAUAUGAUAAUGAAUUAAAUAUGUAUAAAAGGCUCUUGCAGCUAAAGAUUCCGGGUGCGUGUCACGCGGAUGAGCUUUCGUAUUUGUUUAAAAUGCGAUUAGCGAACUAUGAUGUUGGGCAAGACACCCCUGCUGGUCGUGUGCGUCGUACGAUGUGCCGACUGUGGACAAACUUUGCCAAAUAUGGCAAUCCAACGCCAGCCAACGAUGGCAAUCUGUCGUGCCGCUGGGAACCGGUAGAUAAAAUAGAUCCCCGCGCUCCGGCCGAUGCGUUCCAGCUCAAGUAUUUAGACAUUGGGGCAGAGUUGAAGAUGGCUGUUAAUCCGGCCAAAGAUCGGAUCGAUUUUUGGCGAAGUGUUUAUCGAAAAUGGAACGAAACUUUCCUUAAAGUGAAACUAUGAGGACUGCACGGGAUUGUUAAAGGUAUUUGGGUAUUUUGUAUUUUUAAUAAAGACAAUUCAAUGACGAUUA